AUGGCAGCCACUUCGAACGAAUGUAAGGACUUUUUAGUUGUAGAAGGACAGUAUAUCCUGAAAGACGACAUUAUACUAGAUAAUGGCUUACCAAGUUUGACUGGCGGGACGUUAGUUUCUGUAGUUUCAGUGAAAUAUAAAGAAUAUCCAACUCAACCAAUUUCACCCAAUGGAGAAAAUACGAUUGACGGAGUUGGAGAACAAAUUGCUAAUAAUCAGUCGACUUCUAGUGCAGAAAACACACUAGUAGUAGAUGAUAUGGACGAUUCUUCAGAUUUAGAAAAAUUACAGUCUCCACAGUCACAAAACUUUGACCCUUCGUCACAGGUUACGGAUAAUGUUAACCUGACCUCCCCAACUCAAACAUCACCAAUGAAACCUAGCAAUGGAUCCGUCCCAACCUCGAUCGAGGGCAAAAAGGAGGAUGAUGUGUUUUCAUUUUUUAACCCUGUGAUGAAACGGAAAAAAACAAAAAACAAUAUCGCUAAAACGACAUCAUCUUUUGUUGCAAAAAUUGUUCAGAAUGAGAAUUUAACAAAAAUAUUGGCGAAUCGACAGAAUGAAGAUACUUACUUAUUUUUUAACUCAGGGCGAACAUUUUGUUGGACGGAUUUGACUAAUAAGCCAAAGGAACUUUUGUCUAAGGUAAUCUUCACCAAAGCACAUCCAAUGUGUCAUGAUGUGAACCAGCUCACCCGCUCUUGCGAUCAUUUGGAUGUUAUUAUCGGAUUUUCAUCGGGUGAUAUCAUUUGGUUCGAUCCGCUAUGUAACAAAUACUAUAGACUCAACAAGCAGGGAGUAAUAAAUAGUUCAUCUGUUACUAUGGUUAAAUGGAUGCCGGGAUCAGAAAAUCUAUUUAUGGCGUCUUAUUCGGAUGGAUCAAUAAUCAUAUAUGAUAAAGAUAAGGAUGAUCAAUCAUUUACGGCAUCGACUGGAAAUGAAGAAGAAAGGUGGCACGUCGCAAUUGUAUCUGUGGAUGGUUGUUUACGAAUAAUAGAUUUUGUAGAAGAAGUAUUAUAUGAUACAUAUAGUAGUUAUUUUGGCGGGCUCUUGUGUGUGUGCUGGAGUCCCGAUGGUAGGUAUGUUUUAACAGGUGGUCAGGAUGAUCUAGUUACUAUAUGGGCUUUUCGGGAACAACGUAUUGUAGCACGAUGUCAAGGACAUCAAUCCUGGGUAACCGGGGUGUCUUUCGACCCCUGGCGAUGUGACGAACGUAAUUAUCGCUUUGGUUCGGUAGGCGAAGAUACAAAAUUAUUAUUGUGGGAUUUCAGUGUGAACGCGUUACACAAGCCUAAGAGCCUUGGUAGCCAUCGUAGGGCUAGUUUAGCGUCACAAUCACAUGCAACUACAGUCGCAUUAAGGCGAAAUAUAGUUGAACAUGAACUUACAAAAAACACGGUUCAUCCAUGCUUACCCAGAUCAGAAGUGGCUAUUUUGCAACCAGUAAUGGGUCCUUUAGAUCAUAAAGUUUUUAAGGAUCUAGACGUCUGUGUUAUAACAUUUAUAGCAGAAUCUAGUAUUACAGAAUGA